GACACGCCCCUCUUUUUCUCUCCUUCUUUCUCUCUCUGUCUCUCUCUGUUUUUCAUGUUAGCAUGAACUGAACAAACCCAGGACCUCAAGGAGAGAGACAAAAAAACGGGAAAGCAAGGUUUGGAGAAGAAGAGCAUUUCAACAGUAUGGGCUCUGGCCAGAGCAGCGACAAGCUCCACUGUAACCGCUAUCUGAACGGACAGGGCCCUCCAUCACUGGCACAGCAAGCUAAUGAAGGUAUGAAUGGAAUGUACAGUGUACGAAAUAGCUGCCAGCCACAAGGCCAGAUGACCUUUGUGGUCCUCCGCAGAGACCUGCCUGGAUUCCCCAAUGACAACACCCUACAGAUCAACUACAUAUUCCCAGAUGGAAUACAGACAGGGAAACACCCCCACCCUGGCCAGCCUUAUCCGGGGCUGCGCCUCUGUGCUUACCUACCUGACAGCCGUGAGGGCAGGAAGGUUCUCAAGCUGCUGGAUAAGGCCUUUAACCAGCAACUCCUGUUUGCUGUUGCCACCAGUAAAGAUGGAAGGGACUUGGUCACACCUUCCAUCCCCCUAAAAACACAACCUGAUGGAGGGAGCAGAGAUGAUAGCUACCCAGACUCGGACUACUUGAAGACUGUGAGACAGCUACUGAAGGAUAAAGGCAUCGAAUAACACACGACACACUGUUGGAUGGACAGAUGAAGAUGGCUGCUAAACGACAGUUAAUUUCUGAAUAGCCAGAAAACCUGUGCCAUGCAUAAUUAGAAAACGUCUAUAACGUUUAUAAAGAAUCAUCUAAUGGUUGUUGUUGUUAGCGAGUAGUCUUGCGUGAAUUCUGUGUAUAUUUACACUACUGCAGUUCUUAGAUUUGAAAUAUACAGAACUGUGCAAACAUUUUAGGCACUUUAGAUGUUUAGAUUCUUAUCCAUCAUUCAGUACCAUCACAGAGAAAUCCAAUAGGUACCAGAUUCAUUCUGCAGCAGGAGACAGCAACCCUAAACAUACAGGCAUAUCCAUAAAAAAGGAAAGAAAUGAGGAGUCCUGCAACAGAUGGUGUGGCCCCCACUAAGACCUGAUCUCAAGGUCAUGGUGUCAGUCUGAGAUUAUAUGAAGAGACAGAAGCAGUUGAAACAGUGUAAAUCCCCAGAACUGCAGAAAGUUCUCCAAGAUACAACCUACUUGCCAAAUACCUUGAAAACUUUGUGAAAAUGUACCUAGGAGAAUUUGUUCUGUUUUAUAGACAAAGGAUGGUCACGCCAAAUAUUGAUUUGAUUCAGGUGUUUUCUGUUUACUGCAAUUUGUGUGAUGUUAACUGAUUAAUAAAAAUUUGAAUUUCAUGAUUUUUGAAAGCAUCUUCACUUAUAGAACAUAGUGUUUGUCUUUGUUCACAAGCUGCGAAAACAUCAGCAUUUGUUUUUUAUUAUGUAUGUAUUAAAAUGUAUUCAUUACAACUUUUGGUGGUGUUUUAUGUGCCACAACAUUCUCACGUGAAGCAAUAUAUAACAAUAAGUUAUGUUCCCUAAAGUCACAGAAAUUUUGUAAUGUCUUGAUCACUGAAUGUUUUUUUGUUCACAGAUCAAAAUCAUAAAAUGUUCAUUUUAUGAAAUAAAAUUUUUUUUGUAACAUCUAG